GCACCAUUGUAUGUGCGCUAGCCUUCUCCCACUCUGCACAGAUUGCCAACUAUACUGUAUUUUUAUCGGGGUUUUUUCACUUCAUAUUUGCUCCCAAAUGCUGGUACCCUGUGGGAAUGCAUAAAGUUACACAUCUCCAGAUUCUGCCUCAGAUCAUCUAUCCGCAUGUCCUUCAGCUGUACCAGACGCUCCAACUUGCUCACCUUCAUCUGCAGGAUCUGCACACACACACACACACACAUGUUAAAAAAGAAGGGAAGCAUUGCACAUUUGUGUCCUUGUAUAGCCUCUGGUCUCACAUGCAGAUGUUGUCACACAUUGAGCGUUACAUCCGCUGGGGUGAAACUGACUCACUGACCACUGCUGACACAGCUUGUGCCAUUUAUGUGCACACACACACACACACACCUGCAAAAUGUCUAUAUGACUUGCUUUUAUCCCAGCAGAGAAUUAACUAGGAAGACAAGCCAAGCGAUGCGUUUCCCAGAUUGAAGUGUGUGCAUACCUCCACUGUCUCCUGCAAAGCCAUGGCCGCGUGCUCUUUUUCCUUCAGAAUUUGCCGGAGAGCUGGGUCCAAGUGGGAGUAAAACUGGGCCCUUCACGUGCCAUCUGAGUCACCUCGGACUGGAGAUCUGGAAAAAAGAUAAGAAAGAAAAUGCAUGACAUUUCCCCCCAAAACAAUCAUGUCGACUUAAUGUGAGAGAUGAGGCAUUUGCUCUUGUAGGACACUCUUAGAAGAUGAGACAGUAAAUCUUACGACCACAACAAUAGGGGGUGAGUAGAAGCAGAACAAGGGAGGGAAAGGCCUUGAUGUUCUGCCAUGCUGAUCUUAGGUCAGUGAUAAGGCCAUCUGCUGAUGGGAGGACCUGCACUCUGUGCUCUGUGUGUGAUAGCGUGUAGGGUGGGGGAAGAAAGAGAGGAAAGAGGAACUGGUCUGAGGUCACAGGGUUUUUUUUUGUGACAACAGAUGAGGUGUGAGAAUCAGAAGAAAAGGAGGUCAGCGAAUGACGCCCUAAAGGUCGUGACAUUUGCUAAUCAGGUGCAAUGUGCAGUUUUGUCCUGCAAUCCUCAGAGAGUACUGCAAUACAUCAGGGUAUAUCUAACACAACACACACACACAAAGUACUAUAACAACAAUACUACUAACAUAAGUAGAUGUUUCAAGACUAAGCAGAGGUGUACAGUGCGUAUGUAGGUUACCUGAUGGGGGGCAGCAUCACUGAUGAUGUGAAAUGAAUUGUUCAGCUUCUGAGGUGUCACUGUUUCAUACAUCAUCACAUGAGGUAGAGUCCACACACUUCCUGCAAAUACCAUCAGUGGUCCAAUGAGAAAUACAAGAAAGAACGAAAAAAGAAAGCUAGAAAGAAAAAGUAAUAGAAAUACCCCACAAGGAGAAGAAAAUCCAUAUCAAAUAUCCAAAUUGGGUCAUGUUGCUUGGAUGGACUCAGUCAUUGUGAGCUUGACAAUCUGAGAAAAUACCCAAGACUUGAAUCUCCCCGCCCCCCGUGUUGUAAUUUCCUGAAACUGACCUUCUGACGUGUACAAAUCACAAGAGUACAUAAAAAGACCCGGAGCCAUUUAGACAUGUAUUUUGAACGUCUCUUAGUGUGCCGAAAUUCGGAUGUAGAAAUUAUUUCCGGAAAAACUUCUCUACUUUGUUCUAAAACUAAAAUGUCGUAAUUCAAAGUUAUAGAUAUAAAUGUUCUAUAGAGGAUAAAAAUAUAUUAGAUAACACAUGAAUACAGAUGUAUUCUGAUACAUUGACGAGCAAUUACAAUAAAUGAUAGCAGUCAAUUCAUUGCACAUAGUUUUACGGAGCAUGUUGUCAUUUGCUGCCAUCUGCUGGCCGCCUCGCCUAAUUUCAUAAGCACGAACCAUGAAAGGUCGUCUAUUGCAACACAUUUGAUUAUUACUUAUCUGUCUAUUGACACACACUACAUGCAGUGCAAUACAGAUUACAUGCACCUCAAAUUUCAUAAUAUGCUGUCGCAACAUGACGUAAAGAAAAACAAUUCCCGUGAGCUCAUGCUACUCCUAGCUUGAUUUCAGUCGAAGGAUGGCGCCAAUGUUCCAAUUUAACAGCCUGCCAGUGAAUUGAUGUCAUCAUUCCGAGACACAAGCAACGGCAAACUAAAUUAUAUUCAUUAUUUGUGACAAAUUAGUGCUAAAUCGACUGAUGUGUGCCCGAGACAUGCUGUAGCUCGUGAUGACCACUAGAUGGGAGUGUUGACGUUUUUUUAUGGCGGCUUUUCUUUGUGACUUUUUCGUUUUUGUUAAAAUUAAGUGUUUUAUGGCAGUUGAUUGACGCCUCAGAGUGCUUAUUCCUCCAGCAAAUAUUGUAAUAUAAAAAGAUCAACAGGCUGAGUACCCAACAAGGACUGCUGUGACAUAGACAUCUGCUAACGUUGGCCUACUUAAUAUAUCAUAUUGCAUUUAUUCCUGACGCUCGGCUCAAAAAGUGAGCAUAUCUAGCUUAUUCCCUCGGCUGAAAAUCGAUCUCGCUUAUAGUUGGAUAGUAUAAUCAAGGAGUGCAAGCGGGGCAAUCUUUUUUUUAAUUUUUUUUUUCUCCAUGUCCCCUGGAGGCUCCGCUCAGUUCAUUUGCCGAUUAAAGCGAGAACCAGUAGUUCACGAUAUCAACCUUUUUGGCUAUUCUGUGUGUAGUGUAUCUAUAGAAUGAAUGAAUUUCACUUUUUGAAUUGAACUACUGAAAUAAAUGAACUUCAUUUAUUUUAAAAUAAAUUAGAACAGGCCAAAAAAAAAUAGACAGACACACUGUAUAGUGUAGAAAGUAAUCUCACGAGCCUGCAUGUAUUUUAAAACUAGAUUUUGUACCUUUUGCAAGAUGAAGCACUACUGGAGCUACUACUUUAAAAACAGAUAUAAAUGAAAACACUCUUGGCAAACAUUUAUUUCAUUUACAUCCAAGUGACAUCUCAGACCAGCAGAAAAGUGAUAUGAAAGUGAGACCCAGUAUAUUUACGGUAUACACGCACAUUUCUUUAACCAUACACGACCCCCCACCCUACUGCAGUAACAUGCAUGACCACAAGAGGGUGCAGUUUACCUAUGGUGACUACAUAUAGCUAGCUAGAUAGAUACACUAGUUAGAUGCACGUCCAAGGGUGUACUUUCCGCACCGUAAUAAAAAGGAUCAUUUUUGUUUUUGUUUUUACAUUUCAAUGAUAUGCAGAUGAUGUUGAUGUACUGGCAGUUUGAAUGUGGGAAAGAUUAGAAGCAGAUGUUGAAUGGGGCCCAGCGGCCAGCCAAUAGGAAGCGGGGCCAUUUGGUCUGUGGGAGGAGCUUAAAUUGCCUCUCUAUGUUCCAAAGUAGUUCCAUCAGGUAGUUUAAAACCCAAGCAGGUCAACGACAGCAACAGCAAGACAUUGUCGUUAACUGCGAGGUCGAACGAGGACUUUUCACAUCAUUGCAUGACGUUUGUGGAUAUGCACGGUGUCUGUCCUCCACGAUGCUGAGCACCAAGGGCUCCUGCGUGGGAAUGAUGAGCGCUGCAGUGGGCAUGGACCGCAGCAGGGUCGGGGAGAGGCUGCAGGCUGCCCUGGCCGGGCUGCAAGAGCUGCAUCUGCUUCGGGAGCGGCAGAGUGACAUGGUGAGCUGGGCUCUGAAGGUGGACCGGGAGGAGCCGUUCACUUGCGUACACCCUGGCCCGGAGGAAACCAGGAUGAUGGGGGCCGAGGAGCAGCGGUUGGAGGCGACCCUCACAGCGCUGAAGCAACAGCUGUCUCGUCUUCGGAAACAGGAUGUCGGACUCAAGACUCACCUACAGCAGCUGGACCAACAAAUAAGUGAGCUGAAACUGGAUGUGAGCAAGGCCUCCACAGAGCAACUGGAGAGCGACAGCAGACCGAGUUCGGGUUUCUACGAGCUCAGCGAUGGUGGCUCUUGCUCCUUGUCCAACUCCUGCACCUCUGUGUACAGCGAAUGUCUGUCAUCCUCCCAGACGAGUCUUCUCCUCCCAACCACGAGCCCCGCUAACUCUCAAGUUUGCUCGCAAUACCAAACGGAUGUUCACCGCCGCCGUUCGGCCGACGAAAGCGCGACUCAGCCCAACGCUGCCCGCGGCAUUCAUCUGGGAAGCAGCAGGAUCAGAGCGAGCUCUGCUGUCGCUGAACACGGACGACCAAGACCCGUGUCAACAGGUGACCUAGACCGGAUGAUGACUCAAGGACUAAGCUACAAAUCCGUGGACACUAAGAAACAACCAAUGUGCCCAAACCUAAAGAUCCCCACAAUGGACCCCAAGUUUCAGAGCAAUUUGGUGUCCCGCAGUGGAAUUGAAUUGUACCACUACCCUAGCCCACUGCAUGCUGUGGCCCUCCAAAGCCCAAUCUUUUUCCAUGUUGGGGAACCGGCCAUACCUGGAUUUGCAGGAGGAACCCCAGUGACGGAGUCUGACACGCUCCAGGCUACUGAGAUGGGCUAUGAUACGAAGACUCUGGGCUACAUUGACAAGCUCCUCCAGCGCAGCUCCAGCAAAAGCCAAAUUGAAAUGUCCCCCGAGGCUGUGCAGACACACAGCAACUAUCAGAGGAAACCGACUGAAGUCGUAACUGUGUUUCCUCAGAAACCGGUAUCUCCUCCACAACCUCCCCCGACUCAAGCCAUAAACAUCAUACCACAAGAUAAUGAACAGAGGAGACACCGCAUGACACAUUCCAGUCCAGAAACUACUGAUAAUGCAGGCCACCAACAGUCAGUGAGACCUCAGGGGGUUUCAUAUGGGCCCUCUUAUCCUGCUGUCAUGAGAGAGUACAGCUCUGAUGAGGUGACUGUGUCAUCACUGAGGAAGAAGGACAAAACACAUGUUGUAUCAAGAGGCCACACACAAAAGACAUGUGGGGAUAACUCAGAAACAAGGCUGGUAGAGAAGAAGGGCUAUAGGCAAAGAACCGUCAUGUCACACAGCUCAAGUGCAGAGGACAGUCAAGGCUUUGAGAUGCACAAUGGCCACACAGGCUCCCCCGAGUUUGUCCAUGCCAAAUUUGUCCCAGCUGGGACUCAGAGGGUCAAGGUGAGACAAGCUGAUCGUAAAACCAAAGCCGUAAAACUCAGAAGAAAGAGCAGCGAGAAGCCUCGGGCGCUGAGGCAGCAGCACGGCUACUCAUCUGGCGAAAGAACGCGAGAAUCCAGCGGCUCCAAGGGAGAAGCGAGAAGAUCAGCCAAGGGAAAGAUGAUCCAGAAAUAUGCCAGCUGUCCGACUGAAGAGCACAAACAGGGCUCAGGCUCAGACUCAAGCCAGUGUGGCCCUGGACUAAUGUACACCCACAAGGUCCAGUCGAAGCCACACCCUCUUCCAUCUGCCCCCAAAUCCAGCAAAAGCCGCAGAUCACAAUGUGGAGAGCAUGAGCAGCCUCUGGAGCAGAGGAAGAAGAGGCAUGGGGAGAAGUUUCAAGCAUUGUGGGCUCAGCGACAAAGGUCCAAAGAUCUCCAUUCACAAGCACCAGGAAGCAUGCAUUUGGUCCGCAGUAUGAGCACCAGGUCAGGCCAGUGGAUAGGACCUCCUCGCUCCUUCAUGACCUCUAUGUCAGCUAACUCCUUCCAUACUAGUCUCAAUGCCAGAUACCCCCCAGCACCCUACCGCAUAUCCAGCCACUACCCACCCAGAUGUGAGUCUGAGUACUCAGCUGAGUGCAUGUCACUGUUUCACUCCACGAUCGCUGCAAGCAGCGAUGGGGAGAUGAGCGAUAACACCACCAAUCGCUUCGGGGAUAGCGAGUCCAGCCAGAGUUUCCAAUCCUUCUCAGACUCCGACAGCAGCCUGUCCCUGGACGAGGGGGACCAGUUGGACAGCCUCGAGGAGGAGGGAGACUUGGUAUGGGCUGAAGCUUCACUUGGGCCCACUGCGGCCGGACGUACCCUCCAGCAGCUCCCACGACCGGAGCCCUCAGCCUGCCGCAUCAAAGCUUCCCGAGCCCUGAAGAAAAAGAUUCGUCGCUUCCAGCCUGCCUCUCUGAAGGUCAUGACCCUGGUGUAGCGGAGUCACCUCGGGCUAAAGCAGAGAACUGUGGGAAACUUUGACAGAAUUUCAUUGUCGCACCCUUCUUUUCUGUGCACUGGUGAUUUGAAUGAACAAUAUUGUUAUAACCAAAAGCAUGCACGUAUGACACCAUUAUACUUACACUUAUUUGUAAAUAGUUAUCUUAUUCUGAGUCAUUUCUCAAUGCAUGCGUCUGCUAUUUCAACAGAAAUUCAUAAUAAUGUGUACAAAACCCAACUUUUUACAUUAGUUAUUUCAUUUAACAGUUUAUUCUUUAUGUUUUCUGUCUAAUAAUCCAUGUUUGUUGUUUUAAUA